AUGCAACUUCUUAAAAUGUCGCAAGGGAAUAUAAUGAGUUUUGCUCGCGGCGAUAUCAUUACUCCUUCUACAAACCUUCAAUUGGACACACCCUCGAAAAUCAAUGAGCUGCGACAUACCAUUAGCACCAGUCAUCUGAUGAAUUCUGCACAUAACUUGCACGAGUUAAUCGAUCAAUUAUUUACUUUCGUCAAAAACAGGCGAAAUACCGACUCAGCUAGCAUUCAAGACCUUCUGGAGAGUGGCAAGGAAAUCAAGAUAUUCAAGGGAUGUCCCUGGUCCAAAUACAAGACGCUCAAAACAUUGGACUGGACUGCUUAUGAUGAAAUUGUAGCUUCGUCGAUUUCGAUCAUGCAGAUCUAUUAUGUUUUAACAUUGGAAGCACUUGAAAAACAAUACAGUUCGGACGAUCUCGCUGACGACGUAUGGAAAAAAAUAACUAAUAUCCUUAAGAGCGCAUUUGGGCUUGCAAACGAGAUCCAAGGUCAGGUGUCCAAGUUACAUCGACCCAACUUCGAUUACAUUUAUCAUCUGAAUCAGAUACUGGUGCAACUUCUGAUCGUAUUCAAGAAUAUCCACGUUACACAUAGAGAGAUCGAGGUAAAAUUUGGCGACUUUGAAAAGGUUCCGGAAAAACUCAAUACUUACGUUCGUAUACUGAUAUUUGUCUACAACGAAUGUGCGGUUCUGGAACAACUGAAGAAAUCUUCGCAAGUUGCAACUUUGAAGAGAUUUGUGGAGAUUCUGUUUUCAUACUACAGAAGUCUCUUCUAUUACCACAAAAAUGAGCUGGGAAUAGCGCUCGCUAUCAACAAAUAUGGCCUUGCCAACAGCAUCGAUCAAUCCAAAAUUAGGUCGAAGUUGCACAUUAAGGCCGUAAAAUCCAACGUUAAGGACAAACAUCUUUGGAGGGAGGAAAUCAGGUUUAUGAGAGAAUUUCAAGAUUCAACGUUCCCAGCCGCAUUUCGACAGAAUGUUGCCACUGUCGUUGAUAUAUUGCGCAUUCUUAAUUCCAAGUAUGAGAAACUCAACAAUAGCAUCAAUUUUCAGAAAGUGCCUUCCCUUGAAGAAGUGAGGCAUAAAUACCUGUUUGACUCUCCAGACUUGCCGUCUGGACUUCAGGUACCACUGGCAGAUAUCAAUCGUUUUGUUCCAGCAUGCCUGGUCGAGAGCACCAACGUACAAGAUGUUUACUUUUGA